GGACUUGUACGUCCUUCUUCCGCAUGCUUGAAGUUGAGAGAAAGAUUGCGGAGCAAAUUGACAAACGUCACAGCCUCCUUCGUACGCCUUUGGCACUCGAUCGGCAUGCAUCCGCCAGCGAAUGAGGCCAUGGUUAGCAUGGCAUCAAGGAUCGACAGGUAGCGUUGACGGAAUAGCCUUCUCUUGUUGCCAUCUCGAAGUCUUUCCUCUCUUUCGUUCGUACUGGCAAUCAACCAAGGCGCUGACCAAAGAUACCCUCUACAGCAAUAAAUUUCACAACGAAGCCAACCAUGUGGACCAAGACUUUCCUUCUCGUAGUGGCCGUUGCCUACACACAAGCUUUCUCGCCAGUGUCAAGCAUCAGCAGAGGCAUCUUGUCCAGACCCGCACCUCUGAAGGCAGUGGUCGAUGUUGACAGUGAGGCCGCCUUUGAUAAGACCAUCAAGAGUGCAGGUGAUUCUUUGGUUAUUGUCGACUACUCCACAACUUGGUGUGGACCAUGCAAGGUCAUUGCCCCAAAAUUUGAUGAACUGAGCGAGAAGUACCCUGAUGCAGUAUUCCUGAAGGUUAUUGGCGAUGCCACUCCAGAAGCUUCGAAAUUGAUGAAACGAGAAGGUGUUCGAUCUGUGCCCUCCUUCCACUACUUUGUUGGUGGUGAAAAAGUAGAUGUUGUCAAUGGUGCCAAUGCUGAAGCAAUUGAAUCAACCAUUACCAAGCACACAUCGUAAGGGACUGGCUGGAUGCGUCGUAUUAUCUAUUUUGUGCAGGCAAAACAUAGCUAUUUUGCAAUUCCAAAGUAAAACAAUAAACUAUACAUCUUCCGGUCAUGCAUUAAGGCCGUCAGCAAGCGCUGUUCAGCUUUGCAAUGGACUGAUAACUCCAGAUCUAUUGCUAUUUCCCAU